GCCGGAUAAACUGACGUCACGGCUAAAGCAACAGGAAGCGUGCUAAACUGAGCCGUAGCUGCGGAUAAGGAAUGACCUGUACGCUUGAGAAGGUGCUGGCCGAUGCCAAAUCGCUUGUGGAGAGACUCCGGCAUCAUGACAAUGCUGCCGAGAUCCUGAUAGAACAAACCACACUACUGAACAAGAGAGUGGAGGCCAUGAAACAGUAUCAGGAAGAGAUUGAGGGGCUGAACCAGGUGGCGAGACAUCGGCCGCGCUCCGCUCUGGUCAUGGGCAUCCAGCAGGAAAACCGGCAAAUACGGGAACUGCAACAUGAAAAUAAAGAGUUGCGCACAUCGCUAGAGGAGCAUCAGUCUGCGCUGGAGGUGAUCAUGUGUAAAUACAGAGAGCAAGUGUUUCGCCUUCUGAUGGCCGGCAAGAGAGACGAUCCCGCUAUAGUCACCCAGCUCAGAGAACAACAUACUAAUGAGAUGCAAGUGCACAUUGAAAAGAUUAAUGAAAUGGCCACCGUGAUGAGGAAAGCCAUCGAAGUGGAUGAAGGGCGACUGUGCGCGGAUGAAGAGAGAAUCAAACGACUGGAGCUGGAGAACUGCGGUCUGCGCGAGCUGUUGGGCAUCAGUCGCGAGGCGUUUCUGGUGCUGAAGAGCAACGACACGUCUGACAGCACGUCUCUCUCCCCGCUGCUCACCAGCACUGACGUCAGUCUGAGGAAGAGCUAGAGACCAUCAGAGAGUCUGUACGACACCAUUCAUUACAUCACCGCUCACAUGACCAGUGUGAGAACCUACAAAUCCCACAAUCCUCCAUCAUCACUCGCUCACGGCCAAUUCAGCUUGACCUGGACGUCCAUCACGGGGCGACAGCUGUCGUGAGCGAUUCUGCGCUCUCGGUGUCUGUGGGACACUUUAGCAUCUGAAUUUACUGGGGGUGAAUAAUUCUUCUCAUCUGGUCACUUAGUCCAUCAUUAAAGCUUUCAUCAGGGACAGUCAAAUGACCAAACUGUCUCUUUAUGGAAGCAGAAUCAUUUGUGGAACAACUAGCCGUGCUAAUCGAUCAGCAGAUUGUGAAUUGUCACCUGAACGUGGGAUUUGCAAAGCGAAUGCACACUCAUACACACUCAUACACACUCACACACACACACACACACACACGCGCACACACACACACACACACACACACACGUGCACACUCACACAAACACACUCACUCACACACACACGCACACACACGCAUGUUGGUCUACCUAUCAUUAUGAGGACUUUCCAUAGACAUAAUGACUUUUAUACUGUACAAACUAUAGAUUCUAUCCUCUAAACCUAACCCUACCCCUAAACCUAACCCUCACAGAAAACAUUCUGCAUUUUUACAUUUUCAAAAAAACAUUGUUUAGUAUGAUUUUUAAGCGAUUUGAAUUAUGGGGACACUAGAAAUGUCCUCAUAAAUCACAUUUAUAGCAUAAUACCCUUGUAAUUACCAGUUUGUAACUUACAAAAUUGUCCUCGUAAAUCACAAAAACACGCACACGUACACACGCGCGCACACACACUCGCACACACUCUUGCACGUACGCACGCACGCUCUCACGCACACACACACACUCACUCACACAAACACUCUUGCACGCGUACACUCACGCACACACUCACUCACUCACUCACACACUCACACACACACAUACAUACAUAUGCACACACACAUACACUCACAUACACACACACACAUACAUAGGCGGAAAUCGC